UAGUUGGCUUGAAAUUGUCGCAUGGAACACGUCUAUAUAUGGCUUAACGUAAGAAUAAUUGAAUACGGAAUUAAACGCAACGUAAUAACGGAAUAAUAUUAAAACACAAAGCGUCCGUUCAUAAAUGUAAACGGCGUUAAGUGCAUCAUUAUAGCAGCAAAUAAAUAUUUUGCAACAGUAAAUAUUUUAGACACUGAGAGAAUAGAAAAUAUUUACAAACACAGCAGUAUUUGCAGAGAAGCAAAUAUUUCAAACGAUCAUUCCGUGUCGAUUUCAAGUGUUACAACCAGCGAGCGUGCAGCAAAACCGAAGCGAACAAAAUGACGGUGAAAAAAAUCUGGCCUACAAGCGGCAACGUGGACAACGCGCCCAAAGAUGACAGCGAAGUGGUCGCAAAGGGUGGAUGUUUCAUGGGCUUUGGUAUACGUCAUUUUCAAGCCUUCCUCAUCUUCGCUGGCCUCUCUGUCGCAUAUGCGUUGCGUGUCAAUUUGUCAGUCGCCAUUGUCGCCAUGACCGAUAAAGACCAGGCAAAUCCAGAUUUUGAGGAAUAUGAUUGGAACGAAAAGACAAAAUCACUUUUACUCAGCAGUUUCUUCUGGGGCUACAUUGUCACACAAGUGCCCGGUGGUGCAUUGGCACGUAAAUUUGGCGGUAAGACGACAUUGCUCUUUGGCGUGCUCAUCUGCUCCAUACUGGCCAUAUUGACACCUAUUUUUGCGAAAAUCGGCAAUUGGCAGUUGGUGUGUGCGUUACGUGUCGUACAAGGUCUUAGCCAGGGUAUGGUCUUCCCCUCAACGCAUACGUUACUCUCGCAGUGGGCACCCAUUGAGGAGCGUGGCAAUAUCGGCACAUACUGUUAUUCGGGCUCACAAUUCGGUACUGUUGUUAUGAUGGCAACAAGCGGUGUAAUCGCUUCAUCGUCAUUAGGUUGGCCCAGCAUUUUCUAUCUGUCUGGUGGUGUUGGUGUUGUAUGGGCCAUUGUCUGGUUCAUAUGGGGUGCCAGUUCACCGGCACAUUCGAAAAUCAUUUCACCAGAAGAGAAGAAAUUCAUUGAACAAUCGAUUGGCGUUGAUGCUGCUAAAGAGCAUGGUCCACCAGCAAAUAUACCAUGGGUGAAAAUCUUCACCACACCCGCAUUCUUGGUAUUGAUUUUGACACAUAGCACACACAACUGGGGCUUCUGGACAUUGCUCACUGAAAUACCCACAUAUAUGAAGAGUGUAUUAGGCAUGGAUAUCAAAUCGAAUGCGUUACUCUCGGCUCUGCCCUAUUUUGUGAUGUUCUUAAUGUGUUUCGUGUUCUCGAGCAUCUCAACGCUUUUGAGUAAGAACCAAUGCAUGUCAUUGUCAUUCAGCAGAAAACUUUUCAAUUCGAUUGGCCAUUGGGUACCAGUGAUAUCACUCAUCGGCUUGGGUUAUGUGGGCACGGAUGAUGCCACAUUGGCCAUUGUGCUGCUCACCAUAACUGUUGGCAUCAACGCCUCCACCUAUUUGGGUUUCCAGGUUAAUCACAUAGAUUUAUCGCCGAACUAUGCCGGCAUAUUGAUGGGCAUCACCAAUUGCGCGGCGAAUAUUAUGAGUAUUAUAGCGCCGCUGAUUGUCGGCUUCAUCGUCACCGAUGAGCAAAAUUCAGAACAAUGGCGCAUUAUCUUCUUCAUUGCUAGCGGUUUCUAUUUCAUCGGCAAUUUGAUGUUCAUCCUCUUUGGUCGCGUUGAGGUGCAAUCAUGGAACGACCCACAACCAAAGCCAUCACCGGAGAAACGCAAUUCCACACAACUAGAGUCACAGCAUUAGACACCAGCACGCCCUGUACAGUAGUGUAGUUUUGCCUUGUUUUAUUUGAUUUUGAUUUUCCUUUUUUGUUUACUGUUCGUAUCAACACAUGAUACAUUGUUAUCGCUUGUCUGCAUUUGUCUGUGUAUAAUUUAAGUUGUUAAAAUAUCGACUUUAUAGCAAAUACUUGAUAAAAGUAGAAUUUAAAUAUCAAAAUUAUGUAUCAUAAUUUAGCUGAGUGAUAAAUAAAGAAACAAUGUAAUUUAAGUUUAUGUAUAAAGAAAAAGAAGAAGAAUUAAAAAUAAUGUACAAUAAAAAAUAUGAAAUAAUAGAAAAAAAUAAAAAAAACAUUACAAAUUUUAA